AUGGGAAAUUACGUUUCAUGCACGCUUUCGACUCCAUUGGCCAGGCAAUCAAGAUCGGUAAAAGUUGUGUUUCCAGGCGGAGAAGUCAAACAAAUCCUAACGCCCACAAAAGCGGCGGAGCUCAUGCUGGAGAUGCCGAACUUCUUCCUUGUAAACUCUCAGUCUCUGAAAAUAGGGCGGAGGUUUUCUCCUCUCAGCGCGGAUGAAGACCUAGAAGCGAGAAACGUGUACGUUAUGUUUCCGAUGAAGAAAGUGAACUCCAAGGUGACGUCCGGGGACAUGGGCACUUUGUUUAUGGCUGCCAAGCGGAGUUCUUCUGGGAAAGUGAGGAUUUCUCCGGCGGAUCAGGGUGGGGAGGUAAUGAAUAAUAAGAUUGAUGAAGAGACGGCGGUACCGAAGCCGAAUUUGGAUGAUGUUGAGGAGUUUUCGAAGCCGGAGUUUAUGCUUAUGCGUAGAUUGUCCAUGUCGAGGUCGAAGAAGCCAUUGUUGGAGACCAUAGCAGAAGAACCCGUUUGCGUACGACGAUGA